CCCGGCCGGGCAGGAGGGGCGAGCCCGAGGGCGAUUCGGGAAGAGGAGCCGCGGCACAGAGGUGGCCCUGCCGUGGGCGGUGGUCGCGCGGGGGCCGUGACCCUCGCAGGUCGAGAGACCCGGGCAGUCACGGCGGGGCGGGGCCGCCACCCGCGAGUCAAGUCGAGCCACCUGAGCCGGAGCCCCGAGGACGCCGUUGCUCCCCGCUGUCCGGAGCGCCGCGAUGGGCCGGGGGAGCCGACCGCCCGCCCAGCGGAGAGCGCUGCCGCCCUGGCCGCCGCUGCUGCUUCUGCUGCUGCUGCUGCUGCUGCCGCCGCCGCCGCCGACUCGGGCGCUCGUCCCUCGGAUCAGCCUGCCGCUGGGUUCUGAAAAGCGGCCAUUCCUCAGAUUUGAAGCUGAAAACAUUUCCAACUACACGGCCCUUCUGCUGAGCAGGGAUGGCAGGACUCUGUACGUGGGUGCCCGAGAGGCUCUCUUUGCUCUCAACAGUAGUUCCAGCUUCCUGCCAGGCGGGGAGUACCAGGAGCUGCUGUGGAGCGCAGAUGCAGACAGGAAACAGCAGUGCAGCUUCAAGGGCAAGGACCCACAGCGCGACUGUCAAAACUACGUCAAGAUCCUCCUUCCGCUCAACAGCAGCCACCUGUUCACCUGCGGCACAGCAGCCUUCAGCCCCGUGUGCACCUACAUCAGUGUGGAGAACUUCACUCUGGCACAGGACGAGGCGGGGAACGUCCUCCUGGAAGAUGGCAAGGGCCGAUGUCCCUUUGACCCCAAUUUCAAGUCUACGGCCCUGGUGGUCGACGGUGAGCUGUACACUGGAACAGUCAGCAGCUUCCAAGGCAAUGACCCGGCCAUCUCCCGGAGCCAGAGCCUCCGCCCGACCAAGACCGAGAGCUCCCUCAACUGGCUCCAAGACCCAGCGUUUGUGGCCUCAGCCUACGUUCCCGAGAGCCUGGGCAGUUUGCAAGGGGACGAUGACAAGAUCUACUUCUUCUUCAGCGAGACUGGCCAGGAGUUUGAGUUUUUCGAGAACACCAUCGUGUCCCGCAUCGCCCGCAUCUGCAAGGGUGACGAGGGCGGCGAGCGGGUCCUGCAGCAACGCUGGACGUCCUUCCUCAAGGCCCAGCUGCUCUGCUCGCGGCCCGACGACGGCUUCCCGUUCAACGUGCUGCAGGACGUCUUCACGCUGAGCCCCAGCCCCCAGGACUGGCGGGACACCCUCUUCUAUGGGGUCUUCACAUCCCAGUGGCACAGGGGGACCACGGAGGGCUCCGCCCUCUGUGUCUUCACCAUGAAAGACGUGCAGAAGGCCUUCAACGGCCUGUACAAGGAGGUGAACCGGGAGACACAGCAGUGGUACACUGUGACCCACCCAGUGCCCACACCCCGUCCCGGAGCGUGCAUCACCGACAGUGCCCGGGAGAGGAAGAUCAGCUCGUCCCUGCAACUCCCAGACCGUGUGCUGAACUUCCUCAAGGACCACUUCCUGAUGGACGGGCAGGUCCGCAGCCGCCUGCUGCUGCUGCAGCCCCGCGCCCGCUACCAGCGCGUGGCCGUGCACCGCGUGUCCGGCCUGCACCACACCUACGACGUGCUCUUCCUGGGCACCGGCGAUGGCCGGCUGCACAAGGCGGUGGGCGUGGGCCCCAGGGUGCACAUCGUCGAGGAGCUCCAGAUCUUCUCGCCAGGACAGCCCGUGCAGAACCUGCUGCUGGACGCCAGCAGGGGACUGCUCUACGCUGCCUCCCACUCAGGCGUAGUCCAGGUGCCUGUGGCCAACUGCAGCCUGUACCAGAGCUGUGGGGACUGUGUCCUCGCCCGGGACCCCUACUGUGCUUGGAGCGGUUCCAGCUGCAGACACGUCAGCCUCUACCAACCUGAGGCGGCCUCCAGGCCGUGGAUCCAGGACAUUGAGGGGGAGAACGCCAGGGGCCUCUGCAACACGUCCUCAGCCCGGCUUCCGGCUCCUGUACUAACAGGCGAGAAGCCGUGUGAGCGGGUCCAGUUUCAGCCCAACACGGUGAACACGUUAGCCUGCCCCCUCCUCUCCAACCUGGCCACCCGGCUCUGGCUCCACGACGGGGCCCCUGUCAACGCCUCGGCCUCCUGCCGCGUGUUGCCUACUGGGGACCUGCUGCUGGUGGGCAGCCAGCAGGAACUGGGGGUGUUCCAGUGCUGGUCGCUGGAGGAGGGUUUCUGGCAGCUGGUGGCCAAUUACUGCCCGAAGGUAGCAGAGGACCUGAUCGCGGACCGAGCAGACCGGAGCGGCGGCGUGCCCAUCGUCAUCAGCACGUCGCGGGUGAGCGCGCCAGCCGGCGGCAAGGCCAGCUGGGGUGCGGACAAGUCCUACUGGACCGAGUUCCUGGUGAUGUGCGCGCUCUUCGUGUUCGCUGUGGUGCUCCUGAUUUUAUUCUUCCUCUACCGGCACCGGGGCGGCAUGAAAGUCUUCCUGAAGCGGGGGGAGUGUGCCAGCGUGCACCCCAAGACCCGCCCUACGGCGCUGCCACCCGAGACCCGGCCGCUUAACGGCGUAGGCCCCCCUAGCACCCCUCUCGACCACCGAGGCUACCAGGCCCUGUCAGACAGCCCCCCGGGGCCCCGCGUCUUCACGGAGUCCGAGAAGAGGCCGCUCAGCAUCCAGGACAGCUUUGUGGAGGUGUCCCCGGUGUGCCCCAGGCCCCGGGUCCGCCUGGGCUCUGAGAUCCGGGACUCCGUGGUGUGAGAGCUGACUUCUAGAGGAGUCCACCUUGGCUUCGGAGGCCGCGAGUGCUAAGAGGGGGUCAGCCGGGCCUCCGCUUCUCGCGGAACACAACUGUGGCGCCCGACCCUCGGGAGCGAUGGAGCGGGCCACGUAGCGAGGCCCCCUCCGACCCACAGCCACGGUCCCGGAGGUCCCAGCUGAAGAUGGGGGCCUGUCUCGAUGGACAGAAGAGCGCUCCCUGUGUAAACUGAGCCCUUUGUUUAAACAACGGAAAAUGUGAAACGGGAGUGAGGAGGAGACAGCCCGGAGCCCCAGGCGCGCACGCAGCCCCUCCCGCAGCCUCAGCCUCGGAGGCGUGGGAAUCCGCCCAAAGUGGUUGUCUGAGACAGAGCUGGGCACCCCCACCGGCCGGCCUCUUCCACCUUCUCUGCCUUAGCCUGCCGCCACCAGCUGCCCCUGGUCUCUGCCGAGGCAAGGGCCGGCUCGGGCUCCGUGCGUCCUGCCUCGACGGCUGGCCGGCCCAUUACAGCCAUCAUCCCAUCACCUCAGGGACCAGGGGGAGGCGGGGGUGCCACACCGCCCCCGCAGCCCUCCCAAGGCCCUGGGCUCCGGCUCACCUGCUGGACCUUUCCAGCCUGUAUCAGGCUGUGGCCACGUGUGAGAGGGGGCAGCGCGAGCCCGGGAGAGAGUUUGUGAUGAUGGACGCCUUUCUCUCGGAAGCCUGCCUUCCUCCACCCCAGCCUGCAAACCUGUGUCCCUUUUCCCCACGUCUACCCCAGACUCCCCCCUAAACCUAGUCCUCCCCAGAGUCCAUCCCCUGUACCUUGCCUGCCCCCAUUCUAAGGUAUAUGGACACUGCCCAACACAGGGGCCCUGAGUUUAUGUGGGUUUUAUAUUUUUUUUUAAUGAGAUGCACUUUACUUUUUUUUCUUUUUUUAAAUAAAAUCUAAAGAAUAGAAACAA